AUGUGUGUACGCAAGAACCUUGUCUACACCAAGUGCCACCAUUCGAGGGUGGCAUUCACAUUUCGGUGCGACCAUCAAACCAGAACAAUCUUUGGAAUAAGAAGCUCAACGACUGACUGCAGGAACUUUGAGGAGUCAAACACACAGCAAGAAUCACUAUGUCCCGGCUGUGCUCGCAAGGAAGCGGUGCGGAUUGGAUUGCAGACGCGGCCAAACAACCUCGAUCAGAAGUUGCGGACCCAGAAGGGCACGUCUUCUUGCGGAUCAUCGACCGCGUCACGAUCUACCCGCAGCAGCAGCACCAGCAAUAGCACUGGCUCGGUGAUCAGCCGGGCUAGCACCACCCCCAGCGAGCAUGAUGUCUUGGAAGCAUCGAUGCAGGCCAUCAUCGACUUGAAGGUGCAAGAGUCGACUAAGGCAUUCGAGGCUGCCGGCGGGAUGAGGAGCCUUACCGCCGGCUCCGCCGCUGACCAUCGAGCGCCGUCACUUGCAUCUCGCCAGACCGACCAGAAGACGACUGAUUCGCUGCCAGCGACGCUGGCCCUGGCCGUGGAGAUGACCAAUGCUAGAGCUGUCAUGGUGGAGCUUACUCCGGCCCGCGCGCCCACUAAGGCUGAUUUGGCCGGGGCGGCCAUCCGGGGGGCAUUCGCACCGCAGUUUUCUGGAGUACCGGCGACAGCGAUGGCAACGGCAAAGGUACCAGCACCGGGAGCAGCCCCGGCUCCUCAUCAGGUCAGUGAAAACCCAAGGAUGACACAGCACUAUUUCUUUCCAUACAAAGCGCCCUCGCUAGAAGAACCGACCAGAACUCGAGAAGAGGAUGCUAUCUCGAUAAUGAGCACAGGACCUGACUUUGGCAUUGGCGGCUCCUCCAGGCUUCACAGGAGCGACUCUCUGUUUCUCCCAACAGAAAACAGCGAUAAAAAGGCUUGUGUCGAGGAACACCUGGGUGAAGUCACCCUAUUAUCACCUGGUGAGGUUCUCAAGCCAGGUGCCGCGCGGAGGGACGACAGAGACAGCCUUCCAAGCGGGAGGGUCGUCGAGCCGCGACUAAAUGGCAUGUUGGAUGUGAGGGAACAGAAUCCAGCGCCUCGCAUCAUGCCCAUACUUCUCGAGCCCUCGAGUGUUGCCAACGACUAUGCCAAGUUCCGCGCGGACAUUGCAGUCAAGCGAGAGGCGCAGAAGCACGUUCCCGGCCAGCGCGCAAAUCCGGGAGAAGGGUACCACUACUAUAAGAACUACUCCCUCCCUAGCCGCGGCCUGGCGACGACAACAAAUGCGGCCAACACAACAGUCACAGCCAGCACCUGCACGGCAGAGCCCGUUCAACUAAGAAGAGUGGGUGCUCACAUCCCUCUGGACAAACCUCUGCCCCCUUCUCCCAGGAACAAAUCAUGGGAGGUGGGUGACGACAGAAAUCCCCUCCCCACGUCGGUGCGCAGGAGCCGCGCGACGAGCGUCAACGGCAGGUCAGGCGACACUCCUGCGACGACCCUGGCAUCCCCUUCCAGGACGAGGAAGGUCAGAUCCCAGCCGGCAGAGCGCAGCGAGCAGGAUCUCGACCAUGACGGGACCUUUUUCGUCCCUCGGCGUCCCCGCCCGACAAUCGUCGAGGUGACCCCAGUCACCCCUCAGUCUGUCCCUGCCUCUUUGUCAAUUGCAGGAGGGAGGACACUUCGGCGAAUCAAGGCCCUACCGACCAAGGAUGGCAAGCCGGACUGCCAGGCUUAA